AUGAACCCGCUUACACUUAUCGCCUUUUGCCUCCAUACGGUCCAUGUAUAUGCUGGCCCUUAUAGCACAGAAGGUCUCAGCAUUCGAGAUGCCGGCAAGGUCAUCCAGUCGCGCUGGGCGCAUGGGGACUUGUUUAAGAGGAAGAUCUGCUGUUCUUGCGUCUUUAGUUGCUGUACCAAAGGCUGCCCCACAAACGACAACUAUUCAUUUUACAAGGAACUCGACGAGGCAGAGUUCCCAGGGGACAAACACGAGGAGUGA